UCAAACACAAGUUCAACAUAGAACACAGUUUUACAGCGACGUACGAUAUGAUUACCAAGAAACCAUUGAGUUCUUCGCUUCUCUCAUCACUAAUUUUCUUUCUUUUAGCAAUAUCAUGCCAUGCAUUCUCGAUUAGAGAAGCUAGCAUAAGUGAUCUCCAACUUGCUUUUAAGCAGAAGAAGCUCACCUCAAGGCAACUAGUCGAGUUCUACAUUGGAGAAACCCAUGGGCUCAAUUCAGUCCUUAAAGGGGUCAUAGAAAUAAACCCUGAUGCACUCUAUCAAGCUGAUAGAGCCGACUAUGAGCGGAGGGUUAGGGCACAAGGUGCUCUGGUGGGCUUGCAUGGCAUUCCUAUACUGCUAAAGGAUAACAUUGCCACCAAAGAUAAGCUGAACACAACAGCUGGCUCUUUUGCGCUGUUUCGAUCAGUUGUCCCUCGCGAUGCAGGGGUAGUGGCAAAGUUAAGGAAAUCUGGCGCUAUAAUUCUUGGAAAGGCUAGUUUGAGUGAGUGGGCUGCUUUCAGAUCACUUAAUGCACCUAAUGGUUUUAGUGCUAGAGGUGGCCAAGGAAAGAAUCCAUAUGUUCUAUCAGAUGAUCCUUGUGGAUCAAGUAGCGGGUCAGCAAUAUCGGUAGCAGCAAAUUUUGUAGCAGUAUCACUAGGGACUGAGACUGAUGGCUCCAUCUUAUGUCCAUCUAAUGCAAAUUCGGUGGUGGGCAUAAAACCAACAGUUGGUCUCACCAGCCGAGCUGGGGUUAUCCCAAUUUCUCCUAGACAGGACACUGUUGGGCCUAUCUGCAGGACUGUAUCGGAUGCUGUUAUCGUCCUUGAUGCCAUUGUAGGUGUUGAUUACAACGAUGGUGCAACCCAAGAAGCAUCAAAGUACAUCCCACACGGUGGCUACAAACAAUUUCUCAAGCCUUAUGGAUUGAAAGGGAAGAGACUUGGAAUAGUAAGGAAUCCAUUCUUGGGUUUUGCCAGUAAAGCAGAGAGUCAAGCUUUUGAGUAUCAUCUUCAAACACUAAGACAAGGAGGUUCAGUUAUAGUUGACCAUUUGGAAAUAGCCAACAUCAAUGCUAUCUUAAAUUCCACUGGGAGCGGUGAAGCAAUAGCAUUGCUAGCUGAGUUCAAAAUAUCCUUGAAUACAUACUUGAAAGAUCUGGUGGCUUCCCCAGUCAGAACCUUAGCCGAUGUUAUUGCAUUCAACCAAAAAUUUGCAGAUCUUGAAAAGAUCAACGAAUUUGGUCAAGACAUCUUUCUUCUAGCUCAAGCUACAAAUGGGAUCGGCAAAAUAGAGAAGGCAGCAUUAAUAAAUUUAGAGAAACUGACAAGAGAUGGAUUUCAGAAGUUGAUGAGGUAUUAUAAGCUAGAUGCCAUGGUCACACCUGGUGCAGGUUUUGCACCUGUUCUUGCAAUCGGAGGAUUCCCAGGGAUCAAUGUCCCCGCAGGAUAUGAUGAUAAGGGUGUGCCUUUUGGCAUAAACUUUGGAGGAUUGAAGGGUACAGAACCAAAGCUAAUUCAGAUUGCAUUUGGUUUUGAGCAGGCUACUAAAAUUAGAAAGCCUCCCACAUUCAAGGCUUGAAGCUUCAAAAGAAUGUCUUCUUUGAAAUUCCAAGUUUUAUAUUGCGUUGAUCAAUAAUUAUAGAUUUUUUUUUGGUCUUAGGGUUUGUUAUUUUGUAUCUGUUCUGUUGGCUUAAAGGUAUGACACUAGCCAAUUCUGUUUUGUAACAAAAAAAUAUGCAGUAACUUGGAUCCGAAAUCAAUUUAU